AUGCAGCUGAGCCGCGCCGCCGCCCCUGCGGAGCCCUCGGCGCCGCCGUCCCCCGCGCCGGCCCCGGCCCCGGCCCCCCCCGGCCCCCUCCCGCGCAGCGCGGCCGACGGGCCCCGGCGGGGGGACGGGGGGGGCCGGCGCCCCGCGGAAUCCCCGCGCGCCCCGCUCCCGGCCGCGAGCGGCGCCGGCCCCGGCGCGGGGAUGGACGGCCCCGGGGCGAGCGCCGUGGUGGUGCGCGUGGGCAUCCCGGACCUGCAGCAGACGAAGUGCCUGCGCCUGGACCCGGCCGCGCCCGUGUGGGCCGCCAAGCAGCGCGUGCUCUGCGCGCUCAGCCACAGCCUGCAGGACGCGCUCAACUACGGGCUCUUCCAGCCGCCCUCGCGCGGCCGCGCCGGCAAGUUCCUGGACGAGGAGCGGCUGCUGCAGGACUACCCCCCCAACCUGGACACGCCCCUGCCCUACCUGGAGUUCCGCUACAAGAGGCGCGUGUACGCCCAGAACCUCAUCGAUGACAAGCAGUUUGCAAAGCUUCACACAAAGGCGAACCUGAAGAAGUUCAUGGACUACAUCCAGUUGCACAGCACAGACAAAGUGGCCCGCCUGCUGGACAAGGGCCUGGACCCCAAUUUUCACGAUCCUGACUCAGGAGAGUGUCCCCUGAGCCUCGCUGCGCAGCUGGAGAACACCUCGGACCUGCUGAAGGUGCUGAGGAAUGGCGGUGCCCACCUGGACUUCCGCACGCGGGACGGGCUCACCGCCGUGCACUGCGCCGCGCGCCAGCGCAAUGCAGCUGCCCUGACGACGCUGCUGGACCUGGGUGCCUCGCCUGACUACAAGGACAGCCGAGGCCUGACGCCCUUGUACCACAGCGCCCUGGGGGGCGGGGACGCCCUCUGCUGUGAGUUGCUGCUGCACGACCACGCGCAGCUGGGUGUCACCGACGAGAAUGGGUGGCAGGAGAUCCACCAGGCAUGCCGCUUCGGGCACGUUCAGCACUUGGAGCACCUGCUGUUUUACGGAGCCGACAUGGCGGCCCAGAACGCCUCGGGGAACACUGCCCUGCACAUCUGUGCCCUCUACAACCAGGAGAGCUGCGCUCGCGUCCUGCUUUUCCGUGGAGCCAACAAGGACGUCCGCAAUUACAACAGCCAGACAGCCUUCCAGGUGGCCAUCAUCGCAGGGAACUUUGAGCUGGCCGAGGUCAUCAAGACGCACAAGGACUCCGAUGUUGUACCAUUCAGGGAGACCCCCAGCUAUGCGAAGCGGCGGCGGCUGGCCGGCCCUAGUGGCCUGGCCUCCCCUCGGCCUCUGCAGCGCUCAGCCAGUGACAUCAACCUGAAGGGCGAGGCUCAGCCAGCAGCUUCUCCGGGCCCCUCACUGAGAAGUCUCCCCCAUCAGCUGCUGCUCCAGCGGCUGCAGGUGGAGAAAGACCGGGACCGAGACGGUGACCACAACGAUGCUGGGGGCCUUGCAGCAGGCAGGGGCUCCCAGAGCAAGAUCAGCCCGAGCGGGCCCGGCGGCCCCGGCGGCCCGGGGCCCGCGCCCGCGCCCGGCCCCGCGCCCCCCGCGCCCCCCGCGCCGCCGCCGCGGGGCCCGAAGCGGAAACUUUACAGCGCCGUCCCCGGCCGCAAGUUCAUCGCGGUGAAGGCGCACAGCCCGCAGGGCGAGGGCGAGAUCCCGCUGCACCGCGGCGAGGCCGUCAAGGUGCUCAGCAUCGGGGAGGGCGGCUUCUGGGAGGGGACCGUGAAAGGCCGCACGGGCUGGUUCCCGGCCGACUGCGUGGAGGAGGUGCAGAUGCGACAGUACGACGCCCGGCACGAAACCCGGGAGGACAGGACGAAGAGACUUUUCCGCCACUACACGGUGGGCUCUUAUGACAGCCUCACCUCACACAGCGACUACGUCAUCGACGACAAGGUGGCCGUCCUGCAGAAGCGGGACCACGAGGGCUUUGGCUUUGUGCUCCGGGGGGCCAAAGCCGAGACGCCCAUCGAGGAGUUCACCCCCACGCCCGCCUUCCCGGCGCUGCAGUACCUGGAGUCGGUGGACGUGGAGGGCGUGGCCUGGAGGGCGGGGCUGCGCACCGGGGACUUCCUCGUGGAGGUGAACGGGGUGAACGUGGUGAAAGUCGGGCACAAGCAGGUGGUGGCGCUGAUCCGCCAGGGCGGGAACCGCCUGGUCAUGAAGGUGGUGUCGGUGACCCGGAGGCCGGAGGAAGACGGGGCGCGGCGCAGAGCUCCGCCGCCCCCCAAGAGGGCCCCCAGCACCACGCUGACGCUGCGCUCCAAGUCCAUGACGGCCGAGCUCGAGGAGCUUGCCUCCAUGCGGAGAAGGAAAGGGGAGAAGCUAGACGAGAUCCUGGCGGCUGCCGCGGAGCCCACGCUGAGGCCCGACAUCGCCGAGGCGGACUCCAGGGCCGCCACCGUGAAGCCGCGGCCCACCAGCCGGAGGAUCACCCCAGCGGAGAUCAGUUCGCUGUUUGAGCGCCAGGGCCUCCCGGGCCCAGAGAAGCUGCCGGGCUCCCUGCGGAAGGGGAUUCCCCGGACCAAGUCUGUAGGGGAGGACGAGAAGCUGGCGUCCCUCCUGGAGGGGCGCUUCCCACGGAGCUCGUCCAUGCAGGACACGGUGCGCGAGGGCCGAGGCAUCCCGCCCCCGCCGCAGACCGCGCCGCCGCCCCCGCCCGCGCCCGCGCCCUACUACUUCGACUCCGGGCCGCCCCCAGCCUUCUCGCCGCCGCCCCCGCCGGGCCGAGCCUACGACACGGUGCGCUCCAGCUUCAAGCCGGGCCUGGAGGCGCGCCUGGGCGCGGGCCUGUACGACGCGGGCGCGCCCCUGGGCCCGAUGCCCUACCCCGAGCGGCAGAAGCGCGCGCGCUCCAUGAUCAUCCUGCAAGACUCGGCGCCCGAGGCGGGCGACGUGCCCCGGCCCCCGCAGGCGGCCACCCCGCCAGAGCGCCCCAAGCGCCGCUCGCGGCCCCCGGGCCCCGACAGCCCCUACGCCAACCUGGGCGCCUUCAGCGCCAGCCUCUUCGCGCCGUCCAAGCCCCAGCGCCGCAAGAGCCCGCUGGUCAAGCAGCUGCAGGUGGAGGACGCGGCCGAGCGCGCGGCCCUGGCGGUGGGCAGCCCCGGCCCGGUGGGCGGCAGCUUCGCCCGCGAGCCCUCCCCGACGCACCGCGGGCCGCGGCCGGGCCUGGACUACGGCCCCGGGGACGGCCCCGGGCUCCCCUUCGGCGGCCCCGGCCCUGCCAAAGACCGGCGGCUGGAGGAGCGGCGCCGCUCCACGGUGUUCCUGUCCGUCGGGGCCGUCGAGGGCAGCGGGCCCAGCGUGGACCUGCCCUCCCUGCAGCCCUCCCGCUCCAUCGACGAGCGCCUUCUGGGCCCCGCCGCCACCGGCCGCGACCUGCUGCUCCCCUCCCCCGUGUCCGCGCUGAAGCCAUUGGUCAGCGGCCCGAGCCUCGGGCCUGCUGGCUCCACCUUCAUCCACCCGCUCACCGGCAAGCCCCUGGACCCCAGCUCGCCCCUGGCCCUGGCCCUGGCCGCGCGGGAGCGGGCGCUGGCCUCUCAGGCGCCCUCGCGCUCCCCCACGCCCGUGCACAGCCCGGACGCCGACCGGCCCGGCCCGCUGUUCGUGGACGUGCAGGCCCGGGAGGCGGAGCGCGGGCCCCUGGCCUCCCCCGCCUUCUCCCCGCGGAGCCCGGCCUGGAUCCCGGUGCCGGCCCGCAGGGAGCCGGAAAAGGCGCCCCGGGAGGAGCGGAAGUCCCCCGAGGACAAGAAGGCCAUGAUCCUCAGCGUCCUGGACACGUCCCUGCAGCGGCCGGCCGGCCUCAUCGUGGUGCACGCCACCAGCAACGGGCAGGAGCCCGGCGGGCUGGGGGCGGAGGAGCCGCGCGCCGGCACCCCGGAGCUGGCCGCCGCCCCCGCGCCCGCCGCCCUGGCCGCGGAGUCCCUGCCCAGCCCGCGCGCGCCGCCCCCGGGCGCCGCCCCCGCAGACCCGGGGCCCGGCCAGGGCAGCUCGGAGGAGGAGCCCGAGCUGGUGUUCGCCGUGAGCCUGCCGCCCGCCCAGCUGUCCUCCAGCGACGAGGAGACCCGGGAGGAGCUGGCCCGCAUCGGGCUGGUGCCGCCGCCCGACGAGUUCGCCAACGGGGGCCUGCUGGCCAGCCCGCUGCCCGGCCCGGGCCCCCCGCCGCCCGCCGCGCCGGGCCCGGCCCCGGGGAAGCCCGGCGGCGAGCUGCCCCCCGCCCCCGAGUCCGCGGCAGACUCGGGCGUGGAGGAGGCCGACACGCGCAGCUCCAGCGACCCCCACCUGGAGACCACCAGCACCGUCUCCACCGUGUCCAGCAUGUCCACGCUGAGCUCGGAGGGCGGGGAGCUCACCGACACCCACACCUCCUUCGCCAACGGACACACUUUUCUACUCGAGAAGCCGCCAGUGCCUCCCAAGCCCAAGCUCAGGCCCCCGCUGGGCAAGGGGCCGGUGACCUUCAGGGACCCGCUGCUGAAGCAGGCCUCCGACAGCGAGCUCACGGCCCAGCCGCGCCACGCCGCCCCUGCCGGGCUGGCCGCCGGGCCCGCCCGCCCCCGCUACCUCUUCCAGAGAAGGUCCAAGCUGUGGGGGGACCCGGUGGAGAGCCGGGGGCUCCCCGGGCCGGAGGAUGACAAGCCGACUGUGAUCAGCGAGCUCAGCUCCCGCCUGCAGCAGCUCAACAAGGACACCCGCUCGCUGGGGGAGGAGCCAGCCGGCGGCCUGGGCAGCCUCCUGGACCCGGCCAAGAAGUCGCCCAUCGCGGCAGCUCGGCUCUUCAGCAGCCUCGGUGAGCUGAGCACCAUCUCAGCGCAGCGCAGCCGGGGCCCGGGCGGCGGGGCCUCCUACCCGGUGCGGCCUGGGGGCCGCUACCCAGUGGCGCGGCGCGCCCCGAGCCCGGUGAAGCCCGCGUCGCUGGAGCGGGUGGAGGGGCUGGGGGCGGGCGCGGGGGGCGUGGGGCGGCCCUUUGGCCUCACCCCGCCCACCAUCCUCAAGUCGUCCAGCCUCUCCAUCCCGCACGAACCCAAGGAGGUGCGCUUCGUGGUGCGCAGCGUGAGCGCGCGCAGCCGCUCGCCCUCGCCGUCGCCGCUGCCCUCGCCCGCGCCGGGCCCGGGCCCCGGGUCCCCCGCGCCGCGCCGCCCCUUCCAGCAAAAGCCGCUGCAGCUCUGGAGCAAGUUCGACGUGGGCGACUGGCUGGAGAGCAUCCACUUGGGGGAGCACCGCGACCGCUUCGAGGACCACGAGAUCGAGGGCGCGCACCUGCCCGCGCUCACCAAGGACGACUUCGUGGAGCUGGGCGUCACGCGCGUGGGCCACCGCAUGAACAUCGAGCGCGCGCUCCGGCAGCUGGACGGCAGCUGA